AUGAAGGGAAUGGUUUGUGAUUCCUCUGGUUCAAUUUAUGGCGAUGCAAGGAGAGGAGGGGAUGCUGCUCCUUUGGAAGCAUGUUGCGCAGCGGUCAAGAAUUUGCAGGCACUUGCUCCAACUUCCGCAGAUAGGAGAGCAACAUGCGAGCGCAUUAAGACAGCCGCUGCUCGCUGCCCAAAUAUAAAGGAUGACGCUGCCUCCUCCCUCCCUCAAAAGUGUGGGAUUCAAUUGAACAUUCCCAUCUCCAAAACCACUGAUUCAUCAACUAAGAUGAAAGACGAAUCCCCGCGGGAGCUGAGAGAUAAAGAGAAGAGCAUUAAUGGCUUUUCCAUAUGUAUUAACUAUCUCCAAUAA